UCUCAAGCAUUAAAACAAAGGAUCUUUAUUUUAAUAGUUCAUUAGUUUAAAUGCUGCCAAUACCAGUUGCAGAAGUAAGUCUUUAACACUAAGAUCUAUGAAACAAAUGGUGAGGUCAGUUAGGGACUGCAAACAAAAGCUUAGGAAAAGAACACCAGCUUUGUGGUUGUAAUAUGUCCAGCACAUUCAGUCAAAUUCCCUUUUACCAAGAUUUGAUGAAUUAUAUGCAAAUAGAAGCCCAGCCAUCAAGAACUGCCCUUCUUCCAGCCUCUGAAUAAUGAUCUCUUUUUGCUCAGAAGGAAGUGUUUGAAAUUUAUGGAUUCAUACAUUUAGUUCUGAGAGUAUCCAGUAAGAUUAUUUAUACACACCCAUUGCUUGGCUCAGUUUGACAGCAGAACUACAGGGAGAGUCUAAACAGACUGUAGGUGUGCAGGCACAGUGGAGUGAUACGAUUUCCACAUGGAACACCGGUUGGUGACACUGCUGCUGUUUCAGGCAGGUUACGGAUGCUAUUGUGGUCCAGGAGGAAGAGGUUGGCCCAAGGAUGAAACAGAUUGGUGCUGCCAUAGACAUGACUGCUGUUAUGACUUUGCACAACGACAAGGCUGUAACCCCAUAACAGACAGAUAUAAGUGGACUUGUCAGGACAAUACUGUGAUAUGUGAUGCUGCUCUAAACAGAUGUCAAAACAUAAUUUGCCAGUGCGACAAAGAAGCAGCUUGGUGUUGGAGAUUUGCAUCAUUCAAUCAGCGCUACAUCUUAUGGCCAAAUUAUCUUUGUGGCCAAAUAUAUCCUUUAUGUUGCUAUAGGCAUUAAUAGAUUUUGAUAAUAAACAAUUAAAACCA